GUGUCGUCUCCGCUCUGGAUGGACGCAGGAGUUGGGAGGUGUUUGAGGCUCUGCUGCUGCAGAGAUCUACAGAGCUGAACUCUCUGACAGAAGACGACUCUCCUUAUAAUGGAGGCAAAUUUCCCAGAAUCCACUCUGGAUGAUGAGCUCCAGCGCUCCAAAACUGAGGACGUGCAUUCACUGCAAGACCUGAACCAGGACACCCUACAGGAUCCUGAGAGUCUCAAGCAGGAUCUGGAGCAACAGAGUCCUCACUCCAGUCCAGACCAGGUUCAGGGUGCAGACAGAGAUCAUACUGUAGACGAAGCACAGAAUAAGAAAUGUGAUCCAGAUCCUCAGGACCACCUGGAGGAGCAGCGAGUAGACAAAAAUCCUGCAGGAGAUGGAGCUUCAGCGUCACCUCAAGGUCUGGACCGAGCCGAGCAUCAGGGACACACUGGCUCUGACCAAGACCAGGAUCGAAUGGACUGUAACCGGGAUCAGAAUCAGGACCAGGACCUGACACCAGCCAAUGAGGAGGCAUCUGAGGAGUCAGGUGGCAGCGUCCCAGCGCUGGUAAUCACUCAGGCAGAAGAGUCUGUGCGACCAGUAUCCGCUGCCCCAGUGACACCAGCAGAGACUCCAGUAGAACCAGCAGAGAAAGCACAGAGACCUACAGACCUGGUGAUCCCAGUGAGCCCCACAGAGCCCAGUCUGAGCUCCAGCAGUGACGGAGGAGACAUGGCCUGCUCCGACCUCCUUUCUCUGAGGAGCGACUCCUUGUCUCUGGUCUCCAGGACGAGUGAGGAGGACGAUAUUGGGAGCGUUGCUGCUUCUUCUGUCAUGUCUCUGUUCCACAGGGUGCAGCUGGAUCCUCUGGAGAAGCACUGGCUGAGGAGCUCAGCUCUGGGGAACAUGGCUGCUCAGCGUCAGCUGCUCGCUCAGGAGCCCAGCCUCGUCCUGAAGAAGGAUUUCGUCUCUACGGCGCUUCACUGGGCAGCCAAGCAGGGCUGUCGGGAGGCGGUGGACAUGAUGCUUCAGGCCGGAGCCGACGUCAACGUCAGAUCGGAACAGGUUACACAGCUCUCCACCUCGCCUCCAUCCACGGCCACCAGAACGUCAUCUAUGCCCUCAUCAAUUCUCACAAUGCUAAAACCAACAUCAGAGAUUAUCACGGGAAGACGGCUGUUCACUACUGGAGCGGCUGCACCGACGUCUUCAACAAACCAGACUCUCAGCCAGGUGGGAAGUUACAUCCUGGAAGACGGACGCAGCGUUACACUCUGCCGUCUCUCCUGCUGUCUCGCUCUCGCAGUCAGGGACAGUUCAGCCUGGACUUUGGGACGCUGCCUCAGUCUGCCUCUCAUGACGUGUUGGACCUUCAAAUAUGACUCUUACACUCCUGAUGGAAACAUUUCUCUCAUCUGCAAAUACUGUCCCACCCUCCAGGAUGGCACCACUCCCACUCACACCCUGCUGCAUGUACAGAAACAGUGAUUUAGGUUUGUUGUAACAGUCCAGAGAAAAACAGAAGUUUAGAGGUCAAAGUUGUUGAUAAAACCUUUUUGUGUCAUAUCUCAUCCUGGAAGUCGGAUGGCAUUAGUAAAAAAGUUAAUCGUGACCACAACCUUUUUGUUGACCCGAUAAAAGUGUUUUCAUUGGCUGCACUGAAGGGACAGGUUCGUCAGGUGCAGUCAGGUGUCAAGAGUUUUGUUUCAAGUGAUGGAGGACAUUAAUCCUGUAACUUCGUCCCUUAGUCACAAAGUUCUGACACUAUACGGACACUAGUGCUGUGUCUCAAAUCAGAUACUUCUGUUAAUACACAUACACGUAGAACACUGGGUACACUAUGUAGUUUCUUGUGUAGUACACUAAUUUUGGCAGGGUAGUGUUGUCUCGAAUAAACACGGCUGUUGGGCACUUACUGGAAAUGACGAUGGUAAGACUUAAAACUUAAGAUGCUAACGGUCCCUAUUAACAAUCUUGGAAUUGCAUGAAUCAGGUAUGACUGGACAGCUGUUACCCUUGUGGAUUCAUGACCUCUGUUUUAUUCAUGUGUGAUGAUGUAAGUCCCCAUUUCAUUGAAGGGGGACCAUUUCUUUGAAACGGACAUCACUGUUUAAAAUGACCGACUGUGACCUCUAGGAUAACCAUGGCCUCAUGAAACUUCACAACCACAAACUAGAGAUCAGGAGCAUCCAAAAUCCAGGAAGUAAACUAAACGUUGAAGAAGAGUCAUUGUGGACUACAUUGCUGUCAUUUUUCAUUUUAGUCAAACCAUACAGUUUGAAAACGAGGCUCAGCUCCAACUAGAAAACAAUGUUUUGAUGCAUUGGAUGUGCAGAAUGUGCAUAUUAAUUAAGUUUUAAUUAAUUAAUUAGUGAGUAGUAAUAGUAUUGAUGUUUUUAACUGUGGAGAAACUAUUAAAAAUGAAGUCUGAAAAAAAAUACAUGGUAGUAAAUGUUGGACACAGCGAAACACGUUUCACCUCCCGCUCUCUUUCACACUCUCAUAAAUGUCUUUAUUA